AAAAAGCAAAAGUUCCCAGCGCAGCAGCAGCUCUAGGCUGGUGAAGAUGGCGCUGCCUUGGAGCAGUGGCUUGCAAAAGCUGCUGCUGCUGCUAUUACAUGCAAGAGGAGAGACUGGGGAGUCUUUACUGGGAGGUCUGUUCUUGCAACUGGGAGGACUGGUUGGGCUGGGACCCCUCUGCCUCUUGCUCCUCUGCCCUGCGCCAACCUACGCUGCUUCUGCGCAUUCUGUGCCAGGGCAUCACCUUCCAACUGGUGGCCCCUUGAUCCUGGGCAUGAGGCUGGAGCAUAGCAACCGUCCAGCGCCGGAAAUCCAAGACUUUGGCAUCAUCCAGGUGUUGGAAGGUACUGAGAUCCAGUUGCGCCUCUAUGGCCUCCGCUUGCCCGACCGCAUCUAUGAAAUGGUCUCCUUCUCCGAAGUGAGCGCCAACCUCAGCCAUGCCAACGCCACCUGCCUGGAGAAGACCCAAGACGUGGUGGUCCAACAUCAGACGGCGCCCGACGGCAACCGGGAGACUUCAGCGGUGGUUUACGUCAAGGUGCAACUCCUCCGUAAAGCGGAGCAGUCCAAGCUCUAUGUCCUUUGCACCCGGACAGGACCAGACGACGCUUGGUCGCCGUUGGAGGGCAAGGAUGCCUACCUAAAGGUGAUGGAGGAAAAGAAGCAUCUCCUGCCCCUUUGGCUCCAGAUCAUCCUCAUCCUCUGCCUCUUGGUCCUUUCAGGGAUGUUCAGCGGGCUCAACCUGGGACUCAUGGCCUUGGACCCCAUGGAGCUGCGCAUCGUCCAGAACUGCGGCACGGAGAAGGAGAAGCGCUACGCCCGGAAGAUCGAGCCCAUCCGCCGCAAGGGCAACUACCUCCUCUGCUCGCUCCUCCUGGGCAACGUCUUGGUCAACACCACCCUCACCAUCUUGCUGGAUGACCUCAUUGGCUCCGGUUUGGGUGCCGUGGUGGCGUCCACCACAGGCAUCGUCAUCUUCGGUGAGAUUGUGCCGCAAGCGCUGUGCUCCCGCCAUGGCUUGGCAGUGGGCGCCAACACCAUCAUGGUGACCAAGUUCUUCAUGCUCUUGACCUUCCCGCUCUCCUUCCCGGUCAGCAAGCUCUUGGAUUGCGUCUUGGGCCAAGAGAUCGGCACCGUCUACAACCGGGAGAAGCUGGUGGAGAUGCUGAAGAUCACGGAGCCCUACAACGACCUGGUGAAGGAGGAGCUCAACAUGAUCCAAGGGGCAUUGGAGCUGAGGACCAAGACGGUCGAGGAUGUCAUGACGCCGCUCCAUGACUGCUUCAUGAUCAACAGCGACGCCAUCUUGGACUUCAACACCAUGUCAGAGAUCAUGGAGAGCGGCUACACCCGCAUCCCGGUUUUUGAGGAGGAGCGCUCCAACAUCGUGGACAUCCUUUACGUCAAGGACUUGGCCUUCGUCGACCCGGACGACUGCAGCACCUUGAAGACCAUCACCAAGUUCUACAACCACCCCGUCCAUUUCGUCUUCCACGACACCAAGCUGGAUGCCAUGCUGGAGGAAUUCAAAAAGGGGAAAUCGCACCUGGCCAUUGUCCAGAAGGUGAACAACGAAGGUGAAGGGGACCCCUUCUAUGAAGUGCUGGGACUGGUGACACUGGAAGACGUCAUCGAAGAGAUCAUCAAAUCGGAGAUCCUGGAUGAGUCCGAUAUGUACACUGACAAUCGCUCCAGAAAGCGAGUGAAUAACCAGAAGAACAAGAGGGACUUCUCCGCCUUCAAGGACAAUGACACAGAGUCCAAGGUGAAGAUCUCACCGCAGUUACUUUUGGCAGCUCACCGCUUCCUUUCUACAGAGGUGACCCAGUUCACCCCAGCCCUUAUUUCGGAGAAGAUCCUCCUCCGUUUGCUCAAACACCGCGACGUCAUCAAUGAGCUGAAGUUCGACGAAGAGAACAAGAAGGCUCCCCAGCACUUUCUGUUCAUCCGGAACAAGCCAGCUGACUACUUCAUCCUCAUCCUCCAGGGCAAAGUGGAGGUGGAGGCUGGGAAGGAGAACAUGAAAUUUGAAACCGGACCUUUCUCCUAUUAUGGGGUGAUGGCUUUGAACCCAAUCGUCACAACAAUUUCAGAGGUGCGUUCUCCAUCUCACCUGAGCAACCUGAACCGCUCGGCAUCGCUCUGCUACCAUGAGCGCUCCGAUUCCAUCUCCUCCACCUUCAGCGGCAGCAACAACCAGCUCAGCGCCAGCGCCAGCUCACAGUACAUCUCGGACUUCGGCGUCCGUGCCCUUACGGACCUGCAAUAUAUCAAGAUCACCCGUCUCCAGUACCAAAAUGGCCUCAUGGCCUCGCGUCUCGAGAGUUGCCCCCAGUCCCCCGAAGGCGGACCCCCAAAACUGGACACCUCCUUGUCAGAAAAGGGAGACGCCUUGGGGGUGACCGAUGAAACGACCAGCCUUUUGAACGAGAGGAACUGCCAACACAAGACCAACCACAGCCCCUCGGACAACGUGGUCUGACCCCGGCUUUGGGCGACCGGGCUUGGACCCCAGCUCGCCAGAGGCUCACCUUCCCUUCCAAAGACACACCAGUGCCCAUGACGAAAGGAUUUGGGAGCUCCUGACCCCCAACAGACCUCAGGUUGCAGUUGCAACCAGGGAGAGACACAACUUUCCAACAUCGCGGUCUUCUCUAAGCCACCUCCUGAUCUUCUCUUAUCUGCGGCGGGAUGGAUUUUGAUCCCUUUUAAGGGAAUUAUUUGACCAACUUGCUUGGCUGCCGAUGACAAGGUUCUGGAUGCUAAAGGGAAUCCUGGUUACGGAGUGUCAGAUUCCCCCUAACCAAACAAAUCUGCUACAAUCCGGAUUCACCCCGGUUUGCAUUCCGGCAAAGAUUUGGGAAAUGGGGGGAAUUAGCUACCCAGAGGAUAUUACAAAGGGAGCUCACUUGCUGCUGUUUUUCUAUGCUGGCUUUUUUUUAAUUAGAAAAAAAAGUUGAAAGAAACUUACGGAGAUCACACAACCUCCGCGUCCAGGUCUGCGCGGAAGGGAGCCUUUCCAUUCCAAAAACUGCGAUUCUGGUUUUCUCUUCCGCAACUGAAGGCUUGGAAGGGGCAUCGGUCCCUCGACCUCCGUUCCAGGAGCCCAUCGGUACAGAGACUGCCCAAAACUCACCCGGCGGAAAUGAAAACGGUAGCCAUAGCCAUAAACAGCCGUCUGUGGAUAAGUCAGGAAUCUUUUCGCCCCCAUCUCAGGGAGUUCUGAAUCUUGUAUGUUGUCUAUGGAGAUGUUCUAUUUUGCUUCUGUUUUUUAAAAAAUCAAAGCACAUUAGGGAUCGGAGAGAAGCGUCUGACAAAGUAUCGGGGAACUAGGUUGGGUUGAAAAGUUGGUGGGAUCUAUCUGCCCCUGCGCUUUGCCUCUAUUUCUGGGCCAUCGCCUUUUCCUCCCUUCGUGUUUAGUUCUCUGUCGGUUCCAGGAUAAUAAUGUCGCAUCGCGAGGAGUCGUAAUAAAACCAAGCGAUACUAAAACCAGUAGGAUCCCAAGAGCGGUGGGAUGAAAUGGUCUGAAGCUUGGGAAACAUUACUUUUUUGCGCCACAAAAAAGAUGUAAUCCAGAACAGCAACAACAAAAAGUUACUUUUCCAAGCUCUGAAACCCCCUGCCUUUUAAAAAACUAUGGCAGUGUCAACCUCCCUGCACACAGAAACAUAGCACAACAGGGGAAAAGCCUAGAUUAGAGCUUUUCUCCCCAAUGUGCUCCUUUUUUCUCCUUGCCUUGGCAAGGAGGUAUGUUCUUAUUGUUGGAUAGUGGGAUAUUUACAGUGGGGAAGAUUUGGCAAUGAUAUCCCCUUGCUUUCAGUCUCAAACGGUACUGUCCCUUCUGCCACUACGUGUCCAGAUUGGGCCAAGGAAAUGAUUCCAAAGAAAUAUAUUUAAUGAAUAAAGAAUAUAUUAAAUAAAUUCCCCCAGGCUUCUGAUUUCAAGGUACCCUGUAGCUCCGGUUAAACAGUAGCAGAACUAGUUCUGGGAUAUGCUUCGUGGCAUCAUCUGCUUUUGCAAAAUUGGAGGUGGGAUGGGUCUUGGAGGACUGGAUUUGUCUACUUAGCUAUAUCACUUCUGAGAUGAUAAUAGUUUUCUUGUGGGGUUUUCGGGCUAUGUGGCCAUGUUCUGGAAGAGUUUAUUCCUGAUGUUUUGCUGGCAUCUGUGGCAGUGGCAUCUUCAGAGAUAAGAAUAAAUGUAUACAGCCUUUUGUUGAUGGUGGACAGAAUGCAAUCCAUGGGUGUCACGCAUCCCCUAGCUCACUUUUGAGCCCCCUUAAGCCCCUAUCCCUCCCUCACCCCUAGUUUUUUCUUUUAAAAAUGUAAUUUUGUGAGCAAUUCUUUGCCUGAAAAUUGCACGGAAAAUCUCACCAGCCACACAGCCUCCCCCAGAACUGCCCUGCUACCUUCAGAUAUCUGUGGCACAACUUCACUUGCUCUCAUCAUUUUGAGAGAGAGUCUAUAGGAAAACAGGCAUUACGGCUUGCUUUAGGUGGGAUGUAAUCCAUGGCAAGGCCCCCCUCCAUGCAGUUGCCCAUUCCCGAACUAAAUUGAUCUCGGUACAUAGAGAGUUCUUGGCACACCUUUGAGACUCACUGAAAGAAAGAAAUUGGCAGCCUGAGCUUUCCCAGGCUUCAGUCUACCAAUUCCAUGCUGCCAACUUCUUCCUUUCAGUGAGUCUCAAAGGUGCUACAAGAUCUCUCUGUGCACUGAUUCUACAGACUAACAUGGCUAUAGCUUUGAAUUCUACCUAAAUUGAUCUCAGUUUGCCAUUUGAGCCAAGGAGAGACCAGUCUUUCAUUGACACAUUUGAUAGUAAAUUCACAAAUGCAACGUCUCGAAGCAUAACUGUUUUGGUUUGGAACAUCUGGUUUGGAACAUUACUUUUUUGGUUGAGCAUGGCCACUUUCCCAAGCAAUGCUGGACUAGCAAUUUGGGUUCAACGUACAAGUGUUGUCCUGUUGCUGUUGUUGUGUGCCUUUGAGUUGUUUCUGAGUCAUGGUGACCCUAAGGCAAACCUAUCAUGGGCUUUUCUUUUGUUCGGAGGAGGUUUGCCAUUGCCUUCCCCUGAGGCUGAGAGAGUGUCACUUCAUGUGGAGGACUGGCCCAGACAAAGCAAUGGGUCUGUUCAGUAGGCAGGCAAAAGGGAAUCGGCAAAAGUACCAUACACCUAUUUUGCAAAAGUGCACCCAUUUUGCUUUUGUUCAUCUUGAACCUAGGCAGGCACCUUAUAGGCCUCUAGACUUUGCUGAAUGGCAGCUUGCACCAUCUCCCAUGAUGUUGGCAAGAGUUGAUGGAAGUUGUAGUCCAUCAACAUCUGGAGGGCUGUGCGUUGCCCAUCCACACCCCCAAUAUAAACAGUUCUAGUGUGUGAAUAGCAAUUGCAAGAAUGGGGACCCAACUUUGCAACAAACAUUACUGUGCAAAUGUCAGUUGGACACACUUCUCUCCUUGUAUAUCAGAGGGCCCUUCGAGAUUGUCUCUCUGUGUUUGUGUAUCUGUGUGUAUUCAUCCUGUACUUUAGCGUACAAAAUUCAGAAACGUCUAAAAAAAUGCAGAUUGCGUCUCCCUUAUCCAAAAAGCUUGGGGCCAGAAGUGGUUUGGAUUUUGGAAGGGUUGUCAUUUUGGGGUUUUGGAACAUCUAUAUUUGCACAGACAGACGUAAUGAGAUGUUUUGGAGAUGGAACCCAAGUCUAAACACAAAAUUCAGUUGUGUUUCAUAUACACCUAUUUUGGAUAUUUUGGGUUUUGCGAUUCCGGAUAAGAAAGGCGCAACCUGUACUGAUAAAACUGAAAUAAGAUAAGUAAAUAUAACAAUGGUUUUGGACAUUGGGAGAGAUGGACCUGAUAGAGCCUGGCUUGCCAUGGUUAACCUUCUAGAUCUACCACCUUCUACCAUCCAUGGUUUCUACUCCAUCAAUAAUAAUAAUAAUAAUAAUUCAGGAUAAGGGAGAUGUAACUUGUACUGAUAAAACUGAAGUAAAUUAGGUAAACAGCAACAAUAGCAACAACAACUAUUCUGGACAUUGGGACCAGAUGGAGCCUGGUCUGUCCUUUUUAACCUUCUAGAUCUACCACCUUCAACUAUUCAAUGGUUUUUACUCCAUCGUUAUCACCAAUAAUAAUAAUAAUAAUAAUAAUAAUACAAACAUAAAGCACUAUUUGGUCAGUAGCUAAAUAGCAUAGAAGGAAAAGCCGAGAAGAGGAAAAUCUGUAAGUGGUUGCAGACCAGUGGUCCAUUCGCACUACAGAAUUAUUGCACUAUUGUUCCACUUUAACUGGCAUGACCAGCCUCCUAUGAAAUCCUGGGGUUCGUAGUUUAGGAAGGGGAUUUUGCCAGUCAUUUCUUCCAACAUUCCCACUUUCGGCAUUUGCUCCUGAGCUUGCAAUGGGGAAAAAUACUUUAUAUUCUUAUUUAUGGCUCUCCGAAAAGUAAUGUUUCCGGCUGUAGUUUAUUCAUAGCUGGGGAAGGAGUGGGAACCAUUGGCCUUCCAGAUAUUUCUGAUUUCAGCUCCCAGAAGCCUCCUCCAGCAGAGCCACUGGUAAGGGAUUAUGGGAGCUGUAGUCCAAAACCUCAUUUCUCCAAUCCCACUUCAAAGCAAUACUUAAUUUGAGAAAUCGGGGCAGUGCUUUUGCCCAAAUGCUUUCCUUUAAAGAAAAAGCAAAACUAUGCAAGGAGUCAAGAACUAUCAGGUCUGCUUUCAAAAGGAGUAAGGGUUGUGUUGUUAGCCAAUAACGCAAUAGUGGGGGAUAAUGGGAGUUGUAGUCAAGCAAUAUCAGAAGGGCUCCACAGCCAGGGAAUGGCAUCCAUUUUCCCUUCCUUUGGGGAUAUCUAAAAUGGAUAUUGAAACGAUUUUCUUGGGAUCUAUGUGCUUUAAUUUAAUUUGACCGCAAUAGACGUUCUUCAUCCGAAUGUAGCUUUCUGUUGGGUUUCUCACAUUUCCGUUUUGUGCGGCAGGAGAUUGUUGGGGUUAUAUUUUCCCUUUUUUCAACUGUUAUGGUUAUUAUUGUUACUAUUAUUAUUCCUAAGGAAAGCACAAGUGGUCUCUCAACAUUUGCCCCUUUGCGGGUGACAAUGAUGUGUAACUUAUUGUAUUAUUGUUAUUAUAAAUAAUGUUUUGUUUCCUGAUUUUAAAAGUACAGAACACUUAAAACUUAAGAUCCUGGCUCCCUCCGGGGAGGUAUGCUUUUUAAAAAAUGACAAUAAAUGAUACCAAAUCAAAAAAGGUUA